UUCACUACACUAUUUUAAUAAAGCCAAAAUAAUAAAACACGCUACUAGACUGGCUUAUCGCCAGUUUUAUGCUCGUUUAUCAUUCAUAAGCUUGGCUGUCACAAACUUACAAUUAUUUCAGUGAAAAUGGUUGGCAAUAAGUUUCUGCUCCUUUUUGUGUUUUUUUCGACAAGUUGCUGCCAAUUCUUGGCUCCUGAAUUGAUGUUAACAUUAAUCAAAGGACGAAUCUACGGAAUUAUAGACGAAACGCUCGAUAAUCAAUGCGGGCAAGAUUUGAAACUUUUUAUUUCAGCGCUACGUAAAAGGGAAUUAUGGGCAUUGAAAAUGUUUGAUGCAAGUGCCAAACCAGGACCGGGAAUUUUCAAAGGCAAUGUGUUCCUAGUUGGGGAUUAUGAGCAGUGUCUUGGGAUUAAAGAAAGUGUAAAAGGGCACGAAAUUGUGGGAAAGUACUGUAAUGUGGUUUUCAAACCUAACAAGGAUUUUCGGUGGUGGGAGUUCAGCUCAGUGGGAGCAAGUAUGAAGCAUUUGAAUACAAAUUUUACCCAAUUUAUACGAGGUGUGUUCGAUGUUUGCGUUCCAAAAUCGUGCAAAGGCCAGGAUUUGAUUGGUUUUUGGAACGAAUUAACAGGGGGUUUUUCACUACCUUUUAAAGCUUCCAUUCGUGAUGAACACUGCCACUAUAAAAACGAAGAAUUGAAACCGGAUAGUACCGACAUUUUUGUAUUUUUUUUCUUCGGAAUUGUCACACUUGUGGUACUUUCAAGUACCAUCUAUGAUAUUUACUUAAUCUGCACACCAACAAAACAAAGUCACUCGCGACAAAUUCUACAAAUUUUCUCACUCUACUCCAACAUGAAAAAAAUCCUUUCCACACAUUGCGAGAACGAAAAACUGACUUGUUUGUAUGGCAUUAAAGUGCUAAGUAUGGGAAUCAUUGUCGGGGGUCAUAUGGCUGUAGUUAGGACAGCAAUGGGUUCAAAAAACCCAACUUUAUUUUUUUCAGAGUGGCGCACAUAUUGGCACAACAGCCUUUUUCUUGGCACGUUUUUUGGUGUCGAGACUUUUUUCUGUAUUGGGGGCGUUCUUGUGAGUUACCUCCAAUUAAAAUAUUCGGAAAAAUACCAAAUCAACAUUUUCUUAUUUUAUUUUCAUCGAAUUUUGCGGCUUUUGCCGGCCCUUUUUGCUGUAAUUUUGUUCUACCUCGGUGUUUUAAAAUAUCUGUGUGAAGGCCCGUUUUGGCCCUUACUGUUGAAUUAUUUUGUGGACAAUUGCCGCAAAACUUGGUGGGUGACUUUACUUUUCUUGUCUAAUUAUUUGGAACCUGUGGCACAGUGUGCAGCUCAUUCGUGGUAUCUAGCUGUGGAUACGCAACUAUACUUAAUUGCGCCAUUCGUUAUAAUUAAUUUGAAAAAACACACAAUACGAGUUGUUACGGGAAUGGCAAUCGCGUGUUUCGUUUGCAUUAUUUACACUUUUAUUGUAACGAUGAAAAAUAAUUUCGGAGCAAUUCUAUUUUUUGAUUCCGACAUGAGCUACAUGAAGUACUACUACCUUACACCCAUUGCUCAUUUAGCACCUUGGUCGUUUGGAAUACUACUAGGUUACCUGCUUUACCGACAAAAUUAUCAAAAAAUCAUAAUUUCGAAACGACAAAAUCGCUUCUUGAUGGCCAUUGCUCUUACAACUAUGGUCGCCCUUCAUUUACUUUGCACUGUCUUAAUGAGACACGAACGUGAUCCCUUCUACAGCGCCCUUUUCAACUGUUUUGUUAGACCUUUAUGGGCACUUGCCCUUUGUGUCGUGAUUUUUAUUUGUUACACCGGACACGGAGGAUUUAUCAACACUUUUUUGUCUCAUCCGGUAUUUAUUAUUGUGGGAAAACUUACAUACAGCAUGUAUUUGUUACAUGUACCGGUGAUUUAUGUAAUUUUUUUGGGGAUUAAGGACGAGACUAGCACCAUCAGCAAUACGAUUUUGUUUGUUGAGUUUUGGGGUACAAUGGUCAUAACUGGAGCUUGUGCGGUAAUAUUAUGUCUCGUGUUUGAAACACCUGUUAUUAAUUUAUUGCAAAUUGUUGAAAGAAGUGAGUAUUCAAGAAAAAAAUUAAAUUAUUAACUUUUUGAAUAUACCGACCUUGCCCUUAUCAGCGAGGUUAACUCCUUAAUAAUUUUUGUUUGUAAUAAAUUACAAUAUAAUAAAAAAAAUUAUACAAACAA